AUGAAAGGCAGGUACUAUAGGCAUACCAACCCAUUGGAGAUAAGCAGUUCGAAUAGCCCGUCGUAUGGUUGGAAAAGCAUGCUGGUGGCUAAGGACCUACUUAAGAAGGGGCUGAGACAUACGAUUGGAUCAGGUUACAACACACGGGUGUGGUUUGAUCAAUGGAUCCCGACACAAACACCUAGAUUGGUCAAAGAUAAUGGAACAUGGAGAGAUCCUAAGCUGUACGUGAAUCAUCUAAUCGAUCACAGUACCGGCGAAUGGAGGAUGGAUCUGAUACAGAACAUAUGUGAUCCCGGUGAGAUUUCUCUUAUACAGAGCAUUCGACCUAGCCGGAGUAUUAAGGCUGAUGGUUUCUGCUGGACCCAUACAAAGUCCGGUCUAUACACAGUCAAGUCUGGGUAUGAACUAGCGACUCUGGAAAAGAGCGAAAGGUGCGUUGCGGUAUGCAGCCGACUGGCUGAACGACACUGCAGAAACGAACGGGCGUGCCCUAGGUGCGGAGGAGAUGAGGAAACUAUAAACCAUCUUCUCUUAGAAUGCCCUCCGGCGGUGCAGACAUGGGCGCUGUCCGAUAUCCCAUCAAUUCCGGGACAAUUCCCGAGUAAGUCACUCCUGGAGAACUUUGAUUUCCUUUUGUUUCGAGCCACUGCAAAGGGCGUCUCAACGCAAAGGCUUAUCAAGUUCCCGUGGAUUGCAUGGUAUUUAUGGAAAUCAAGGAAUGAUAAGCUGUUCAAUGGAGUGGAGAUCUCUCCUUUGGAUUCUCUACUAAAGGCCAGCCAAGAAAGUGACGAGUGGUGCGUUGCGCAAGAGGUUGUAUCGGCAGGAAAGGCUCGAGAGAGCACAGCAACGGUAAAUCGUGAGGAGAUGAUGGAGUCGCACAAACCGAGAUGUCAAGUGGAUCCAUCUUCGGCGACCAACCAAGCUACUUUCGGCGGGGGUUUUGUUCUAGAUCAAGAAGACGGGAACUCAAUCUCGGGUUCCUUUGGGAGAAAUCAAGUCCUCUCUCCCAUUCACGCGGAGUUCCAAUCCCUGUUAUGGGCAAUGGGUAAUUCUCUCCGAUUGGGGCAAGAAUCUAUGCAUUUCGAAUCGGACUGCCUGCAAAUGGUUAAGCUGAUCGAAGAAGAAGAAUAUUGGCCAUCUUUGGCUUCAGAAUUAGAUGAAUUCUUUCAUCUCCGUUCUUUGUUUACUUUAUUUUUCCUUUCCUUUAUUCAUCGCGAGUUCAAUUCUCGUGCGUAUUUCCAUUCUAAGGAUGCUCGUAUGAAAAACUCUGAAUUUUUCCAUGUAAACAUUUUUGUUCAUCCGGGCUUAGCUCAGGUUAACCCUCCCGGACCAGUUUAA